CGGCCCGGGGUCUGAUCUCGGGCCUGGGCCUCGCAGCACCAGAGCGGGAUGUACGGCCUGCACCAGGACCUGCACCACUUCAACUCCUUCGACGCGGUGCGGAGCCUGCCCCUGCUGCUGCGCCAGGCCCGGAUCCGCACAGGGAUCAUCGGGAAGAAGCACGUGGGGCCAGAGGCAGUGUACCCCUUCGACUUUGCCUACACCGAGGAGAACAGCUCCGUGCUGCAGGUGGGCCGUAACAUCACCCGCAUCAAGCUGCUUGUGCGCAAGUUCCUCCGGAGCCAGGAUGAGAGGCCGUUUUUCCUGUACGUCGCCUUCCACGACCCCCACCGCUGCGGCCACUCCCAGCCCCAGUAUGGGCCCUUCUGCGAGAAGUUCGGCAACGGCGAGAGCGGCAUGGGCUGGAUCCCCGACUGGACGCCCCAGCAGUACCGCCCGGAGGACGUGGAGGUCCCUUACUUCGUUCCAGACACUCCUGCGGCUCGUGCAGACUUGGCCGCCCAGUACACAACCAUCGGGCGCAUGGACCAAGGCAUCGGGCUGGUCCUGGAAGAGCUGAGCCACGCCGGCUUCCUCAACUCCACGCUGGUCAUCUACACCUCGGACAACGGCAUCCCCUUCCCCAGCGGCAGAACCAACCUGUACCGCUCGGGCACGACUGAGCCCCUGCUCAUCUCCUCUCCCCAGCACACUGCUCGCUGGGGGCAGGUCAGCCAGGCCUAUGCCAGCCUGCUGGAUCUCACGCCCACCCUCCUGGACUGGUUCUCCAUCCCCUACCCCAGCUACAGCAUCUUCGGUAGUGCACAGGUGCAGCUCACCGGGAAGUCGUUGCUGCCGGCUCUGGCAUCGGAGCCAGCCUGGGCGACGGCGUUCAGCAGCCAGAGCCUCCACGAAGUCACCAUGCACUACCCCAUGCGGGCCGUGCAGCAUGGGCACUUCCGCCUGGUCCACAACCUCCACUACCGCAUGCCCUUCCCCAUCGACCAGGACUUCUACGUCUCGCCCACCUUCCAGGACCUGCUGUGCCGCACGCGGGCCGGCCAGCCCACCCACUGGAACAAGACCCUGCACCAGUACUACUACCGGGACCGCUGGGAGCUGUUUGACCAGAGCCACGACCCCUCCGAGAGCUGCAACCUGGCUGCUGACCCCCGCUACGCCGAGAUCUUGGAGGGGCUUCGAGCCCAGCUGGUGAAGUGGCAGUGGGACACCCAGGACCCGUGGGUGUGUGCCCCCGACGGUGUCUUGGAGGAGAAGCUGAGCCCACCGUGCCAGCCCCUCUACAAUGAGCUCUGAGCCACCGGCUCCUCCCAAGAGCCUGUCUGCCUCCAUGCCCCGGCUCCCCCCGUGGGCCCCGCUCACCCGGUGCCUUUGCCGAAACCCUGCUCCUAGCUUCUGCCAAAGAAACAUUAAGCACCCAACUCGGCAGCCACUCCAGAGCUUGGUGCGUGCCCCCCGGCACUGCGUGGGGACGGGGUGCAGCUGGUCCCAUGCCACAACUGGGCCACAGUCUGUGCCAAAACCGUGUCGGGUUCAAAGGGUCUGAGCAUGCAGCACUGCCCACAGCUGGGCAUCGACCGUGCUGUAAUGUGGUCUUCUCAAUAAAGUCCCAGAAGGAAAAGGGGCACAGAUCCGUUCUGGGCGAUUUGCA